AUGUAUAUCAAGCCAUAUGAGCCAACAAUCGACGACACCUACCAAGUUCAAAUGGACUAUGGUGAUCGACCAAAAGAGAUUAUGGUGUUUCAUGACACGGCUGGACUGAACGAAUAUGGACCCGUUGAGUUGAGGAGACCGUACAUACAGGUUGCCGAUGCGUUCGUUCUGGUCUAUUCGGUUCUAGAUCAUGAGUCGUUUAAUCGAAUGGAUAUGUUGAAGAAGUUUAUCGAUAAGCAGUUCGGAAAAGAUAAAAAAGAAGUGCCGAUUGUUGUUUUGGGGACGAUGUGCGAUUUACCGGGUCAUAAAGUAGACAGUGAUUUUGCACAAAAUUGGGCGAAUCGAGAGAAAGGUAACGACUGCUUCGAUUAUUGA